AUGGCUUCUACAACUACCCUACCCGCAGACCAGGCAGUUGCCGCAACUGCAGACGGGAACAUGGUCUCAGAAAUGGAGUCGGCCUUCAAGUCGAGUGUAGAGUCAGGCCAGAUUCCGGGUGCCGUGGUGAUUGCGAAGGAUGUAACCGGCAAAAUUGACUAUGUCCGCUCUUUCGGUGCUAGGUCCGUCCGACGGGAUGAGAACGGGUCGUUGCCCCCGAUGCAAGCAGACACAAUCAUGAGAAUGGGCCAGGCAAGCGUGCUCGUCGGCACGGUCAUGGCGCUGCAGUGCGUCGAGCGCGGUCUCAUUGGCUUAGAUGAGAGCGUGGAAAAGUACCUCCCCGACCUGACCAGCAUGAAGGUCUUGGCUGGCUUUGAUGCAGAGGGCAAGCCCACCAUGAGGGAGAGGAACGGAAUCAUCACUCUCAGGCACAUGCUCACGGACACCUCGGGCAUCUCACACGUGCCUAUCAGCCCUCUUCUGCGUGAGUACUGCGCCAAGGGGUGCUCAACGUACCCGUUGCCUAUCGGUGGUGAGACCGACAUUCCCGACCCGUUGGCCGCGCCCCCCGUCGGCGACCCGGGCGCCGAGUGGGUCCACGGCACCAACAUCGACUGGGCCGGUAAGCUGGUCGAGCGAGCAACGGGCAUGGACCUGGAGAGCUACAUGCAACAAAACAUCUGCACGCCGCUGGGCAUCACCGACAUUACGUUCAAGCUCCACCAGCGGCCCGAGAUGCUCGCGCGCCGGGCGGACCUGACGAAGCGCAGCCCCGAGGACGGCAAGCUGUACUACGACGACACCAUCUUCUUCCGCAAGUUCCCGGAAGAGUGUUACGCCGGCUCGGGUAUGUUCGCCAGCCCGGCCGCCUUCACGGCCGUGAUGCACUCCCUUCUGAAGCGCGACGGCGUUCUCCUGAAGCCCGAGACAGUUGACCAGAUGUUUGUGCCUGCGCUGAAUGAGACGAUGGAGCGCGGGAUGAAUGAGCACUUCAACAAGGUCAUCCGUUUUAUCAACUAUGGCUAUCCGCUGCCGCAAUGGCCCACUCUGCGCCGCAACUUCGGAUUCGGAGCCAUUGUGAUCAUGCAGGAUCUAGAUGGAGACAAGUGGCGCCGCAAAGGGUCUAUGUCCAUCAACUGCGGAUGGAACGUUGGACUGCAAAUCGACCCUGCAGCGGGACUGUGCACCAUCGUGGCAUUCCAGACUUCACCAUACAGCACUCCUAUCGAAGAGGGGCUUGUACACACCUUUGAGAAGGCUAUGGCCUGA